ACCACAGCAGCCAAAUUAGAAUCUACAUCUCACAUCUCACAUCUCACUUCUCUCUUGACCAAUGAAUCUUUGAUCCUAUCGAUCUUUCUGCCAACCCCAAUCAAUCCCCACCCACCUCUUACACUACUAGGUACCUAUCUCUCCUAAUAUUUCACCAUGCCACCAAUGCUCAAAAUCCCCAUUCAACCCGCCAAACUCUUAUCAUCACAAACUCAUCAAGUCCCCGGAAAACUUCUUGUGACCGAAUUGUUCUUCUCAGUUCCACUCGACCACGCCAAGCCUGAAGGGGAACGACUGAGGUUGUUCUGUCGAAGUGCAGAAAAGUUCGACAAACCUGCUGCCCCGAAAUCUACCACCAAAAAGGACCCAGAGACUUUACCUUGGUUUGUCUAUAUUACUGGUGGUCCAGGAUUUGGAGGUCCUAGACCACAGGAUAGUCCUGUUGCUCAGGAUGUCAUUCAGAAGGGGUAUAAGUUCCUCUCAUUCGACCAUCGAGGCAUGGGCCAGUCGAACACCGUCACAUCCGCAACCCUAGCAUUAAAAGGCUCCGCCCGAUCUCAAGCCGACUAUCUCACCCAUUUCCGCGCCGACAACGCCGUCAGGGAUCUCGAGGCCAUCCGCCUAACCCUAACAGCCGACCAUCCCGAAGACCAGAAACAAUGGUCCAUCAUGGGCCAAUCCUACGGUGGAUUUGUAUCCCUGAGCUACCUAUCCCUCCACCCAGAAGGAUUACGCGAAGUAUUCACUCUCGGCGGUCUAGGCCCCGUUUCACAGCGUAAACCAGACGAGACGAUCCGACGCCUAUAUCGACAAGUCACAGACCGCAAUAAGAAAUACUUCGACAAGUACAGCGAAGACGUCGAGCGAGUUGAUCGCAUAGUUCGAUUACUGGACGAGAAGAAACCCUUCCUCCCUAGCGGCGUACCUCUGUCGAGGGCACGAUUCCUCAGUACAGGAAUCUCAUUCGGCGCACACGGUGGAUUCGAUCGUGUUCAUGACCUGGUGCAGCGUGCAGCGAAUGAUCUCGAUGUAUUUGAUUUCCUGACCCGCCCUACACUCGCAGAUGUCGAGGCUUUGUCUCCCGCUUUCGAUCAACAUGUCAUCUAUGCUUUGUUGCACGGAAGUUUAUAUACCCAAGGCGAGUCCUCCGAGUGGGUAUUCGACCGUGUUGUGGCGGAAGAAAACGCCAAAAGCGUUAACAACGACGACAACAACGGCAAAGACAAAGAUAAAGUCACACCGGUCCAUUUCACAGGCGAACAGGUCUUCAAAAGCGCAUUUGACGACUACGCCGAACUUCAGUCUCUCAAAGAAGUCGCUCAAAUUCUCGAACAUCGAUCUGAUUGGCCUGAUUUAUAUGAUCUAGAUCAAUUGUCUAGAAACUCUGUUCCGGUCUAUGCUGCUGUUUAUACCGAAGACAUGUAUGUGGAUCUGGGGUUUUCAUUAGAGACGGCGGGUAUUGUCAAGGGCACCAAGACAUAUCAAACGAAUAUGAUUUAUCAUGAUGGUGUGAGGUCAAAGACGGCGGAUGUUAUGAAGAAUUUGUGGGCUUUGAGAGAUGAUACGAUAGAUUGAUUGAUCCAUCCUUGCAUCUAAUCCAGCCAUAGC